AUGAAAUCUUGCUUCGCCGUCUCCCUCUCUCUUUCCUUCUUCGUCAUCAGAAUUUUCAGUACUGAACUUAAAGCUAUUUACGUUGGUCAUAAUUGCUCAAACACCGCCCUCUUCACUCCCAACUCCACUUACGAGUCAAACCUCGAGACCCUCCUUUCUUCCCUCUCCACCGCCGCCAUCAACAGCUCCAAUGGCUUCGACAGCGCCGCCGCCGGCCGAAGCCCUCCGGACCGGGCCUACGGGCUGUUCCUCUGCCGCGGCGACCUUAGCCCCAGAAUGUGCGGUGACUGCGUGGCCACUGGAAAAGUGGAGAUCCUCCAAAAAUGCCCCAACCAGCGAGUCUCCGUAAUCUGGUACGCUGAGUGCAUGUUGCGGUACUCGAACCAGCCCAUCUUCUCGGUCAUGGAGCGAGAGCCGUAUGCGAAUGCGUCUAACACCGAGAAUGCCAUCGACUCAACUCGGUUCGCGCAGCUCCUGGGAGAAAAGCUGAAUGACGUCGCCACGAGGGCUUCGGCUGGCGGAUCAGCGAAGACGGUUGCGGUGGCACAGGCGGACUUCACGAACUCGAAGAAGUUGUACACACUCGCGCAAUGCACUCCGGACUUGACAGCUUCAGACUGUGACACGUGCCUCCAGUUCGGGAUCAGCAAUCUGGUUCAGGAGAAGCAAGGUGGGAAGGUGGUCACUCCGAGCUGCAACGUGAGGUACGAGUUAUACGCCUUUUACUACGCCAGCCUCCUGCCGGAGCCAGUGCCUCCGCCUCCCGCUCCGAUAACCGGACGUAAAGUUGAAAAGAGCAAUUCAACGACGACUGUGAUCAUUGCGGUCUCCGCAAGUGUGUCUGCAGUACUUGUUAUCAGCGUCCUCGUACUCCUGAUAGCGAAAAGAGAUGAAGCAAAAGAUGAGGUCGAAACUGAAAGCUUACGGUUCAAAAUAAGCGAGAUCAGGGCUGCCACAAAUUUCUUUUCAGAAGGCAAUAAGCUUGGAGAAGGGGGAUUCGGAAAAGUGUAUCGGGGCAAACUUGAAAAUGGACAAGACAUUGCUGUGAAGAGGCUUAAGGGGUGUUCUAAUCAAGGUCUGCAACAGUUCAAGAAUGAGGUCACUCUGUUGGUCAGACUUCAGCACAAAAAUCUGAUUAAGCUCCUUGGCUAUUGCUUGGAAGAAGGGGAAAGACUUCUUAUUCUUGAAUUCGCACCCAAUUCAAGCCUUGAAGGAUUCAUUUCUGAUUCAAUCAAAUGUAUGUUGUUAACUUGGGAGAGGCGUUUCGGAAUAAUAAGUGGAAUCGCUCGAGGACUUCUCUACCUGCACGAGGAUUCGCACCUUAGGAUCAUACACCGUGAUCUAAAGCCUGGCAAUGUUCUACUAGAUGAGAACAUGAAUCCCAAGAUAACUGAUUUUGGCAUGGCAAGGCUAUUCGUUUUGGACCAAAGUAGAGCAAAUACUGCACAAAUAGCAGGAACUUUUGGCUUUAUGGCUCCUGAAUAUGUAAGACAUGGAGAGAUCUCUGUGAAGACUGAUGUGUAUAGCUUCGGCAUAGUGGUCUUAGAGAUCAUCAAUGGUAAGAAGAUUUCAAACUUUAACAGGUCGGGAACUUCGGAGGACCUACUGGACUACGCAUGGAAAAAUUGGAUAAAGGAAACACCUUUUCGCCUUAUAGAUCCGACAUUAAACGGCAGUUCGAGAAGCGAAAUGUUAAGAUGCAUCCACAUUGCAUUGUUAUGUGCUCAAGAGAACGAAGCUAGACGGCCUACGAUGGCUUUGGUGGUUUUAAUGCUCGGGAGCCAGAACAUGACCCUCCCAAUGCCGACACGGCCUGCAUAUUUGAUAGAUGCCAAUGGUAGAGAAAUGUCGACUUCAUCUGUUCAUGGCUCAUCACCGACAUUAAUAAACAAAGCUUCCAUGACGGCUCCAUACCCUAGAUGAUAUUAUUACCGAAGGAUCGAAGCUGAAUUUGGAAGAAAGAUUGAUGUGAACUGCUGUUAAGAUAAGUUUAUGCUUUUGAAAGGUCUAAACUCUUGGUAAGUUCAUUAGAAAUCUAGCUAGAGAAUAUGUGGUGGAGAGGUGAAAAAUAGAAUAAAAACUCGUGUUUAUUUUUGUAAUAUGAGGGUUACCCAUUAUUUGAAAAUCCAUGGAACACCCUGCAAGAGUGUA